AAUAUUAUAUUCUGCAAAAGAAAAAAAAUCUGGUACUGUCGAAAUUCAUAUGGUUACAUCUACUCACCUUUCCUAUAAAAUAGAUCACUGUUUUUUCCUUUAUUAUCUGUACAAAGAAACUUCUGAAAGAAAUGUCUUAAUUCAUCCCAUAAAGCUUCAUUUGAGAAAAAAAACAAAAACAAUAUUUAAACUGUAAUAGUUUUAUUAUGAAAGAUUCAUUAUGAAUGAAGAUUAUCAACAGUGUAAAAUCGAAUCAUCAUCUUAAUGAAGAUUAUCUAGGAAAGAAGGAAAUUCAGUUGAUUGACAUAUAUUUAUGAGAAUGAUAAAAUUUACACUAGAAUCAUGGUAAAAUAUUCAUAUUCCAAGUUCUUAAAAAUUACCAUGAUCUCUUUAAAGAAUAAAUUACAAAAUAUACAAUAACAUCAAUGAAUAAAAAAUUGUUGUAUAUAAUUGUACAACUAAUUUGGUACUCUGAUGUUGUUCAAUCAAAUAUUAAGCGAGAAUUUGAUAAGAAUAUGACGUGUUGUUUAUUUUUCAUUACGAUGAGAUGACUCGUAUUCUUCUAAUUAUUAUCUUAGUCUGUCAGUGUUUAUUUUCUAUUCAUUCAAAGGAAACUAUGCUUGAUUCAUUCCAGAUUAAUCUUGAAAAACUUGAUAAUACUAUGCAAAAGUUCAAGAAUAUAAAUCAAACAUGUAAUGUAUGCCCUAGUUCAAAGAAGACAUCAAUGAAUAAUGGUAAUGAGAUUACUACAACUAAAGGCAAGUUAAAAACUUUAUCCAUCAUAGAUAUGUUUCACCGACAAAGAUUAUUAACAAAUAUACAUAACAGUACAAAUGCAUUACAAACAACUAUCAAAAGAAAUUAUGAUAAUACACAUUUCUAUUCCGUAACAUUUAAAGAAGCUGAUUGUUACUUACAUAAUCCAAGUAUGCAUCUUUAUGAAAUAUUCAAUGUACAAUUUUCAUUUCGUACAUCACAAGAAAAUGGUUUAUUAUUAUUUAAUUCAAACAAACAAGGAGUUGAUUUUAUAGCAUUUGAAUUGAUUAGAAGUUAUUUACAUUUUGCAUUCGACAUGGGAAGUGGUUCUCAACAUUAUUCUUUGACAACGUAUAAAGUUACUGAUUCCAGAUGGCAUCAUGUAGAACUAAGUAGGAUAGAUUUAGAAAACAAUACCUUACAGUUAUACAUUGAUCGAUACAAAUUCAAUGAACAAUCUAUAAUGAUACCAGUUAUUAAUGGUGAUACUUCAAGAAAUUUCAAUUUAAAUGAUCCACUUUUUAUUGGAGGUACUCCUCAGUACACUUUCUUGAAAUGGAGAGAAAAAUUAAAUUCAUAUCAUGGAUUUCAGGGAUGUUUCAGAAACUUCUCUAUAAAUGGUUUACCCGCUUACAAUUUGUUAAAUAAAGCUAAACAAAAGUAUAUUUCAAACUGGACUAUUCCAGUGUGCUAUGAUCAAAUUAUUCCUGGUUGUUUUGAACGUCCAAAUUAUGCUCUAAAUUGUAAUGAAAUUCAAAGACAUCCUAAACAUCAUACUAUAAAUAGAGAUGAAAAGAAAGAAAAAUUAAACAGUCAAAUGUCGAAACCAUAUUGUUUAAAUGAUGGUUUAUGUUUACACUCUUGGACUACGAACAAAUGUGCCUGUGAAUUAACAUCAUUUGAAGGGGAUCGAUGUACAAGAGCCGGUAAAACUUUCCUAUAUGGUUCUAAUCAAGAUCAAAGGAUCAAUGUCAAUGUUAAUAAUUGGACUAUGACAACCAUGAGUGAAACUAUAGGUUACUUACGUUUUAUGUAUAAAGAUCGUUUAAGAAAUACAAGAAAAGAUGAAUUUACACUUGGUAUUCAAAUGCUUCCAAUGAAAAGUAACAGUAAAUCAAGUCAUUCUAUUUUCACCAUUGCAACUCUAUUAUUUAUUACAAACCUAAAACAAACAGGUGACUUUAUACAUUUAUUUUUAGAAUCAGAUAGAUUAAAACUUAAUUAUGAUAUGGGCGGAGGUAUCAUUCAUAUUAUUGGUCCUAACUUACCAGUGAAUGAUGGAUUUUACCACAGAAUACGUGGUUAUCGAUUGGAUCAUCGUGUUAUUCUAGAAGUGGACAAUAUAAGACAAAUGUAUGAAGUGAACAGGACGUAUGGCAAAAGUUUCAAUAAUCAAGAGGUAAUUUGGAUUGGUCACGCACCAACACUGAAUAAAACUGAUAUAUUUCACGGAUAUAUGACUGGUGUGUACUACAAUGGUUUAUUAUUGAAUGACCUAGCUGCAGGUCUACAAUAUCUACCAUUUAUUCAAGUGGCGAGAUUUGGAAAAGUUGAAUAUGUGCCUACAUUUCAACCACUUUUACCCACAUCACGUUCAGUUGAUGAGUUAAUAUCAUUUGAAUCGAAAAAUGUUGAUAUUCAAAGUACAUCAAACAUUCCCGCUGACAGUGCAACAACAUAUAUCAAUCAAGAUGACUACAACAAAGACAUAAUUAAAGAUGUUCUAAAAAAAUCAUCACAAUCUUCAGAAAUUACCAAUUCCAUUUUGGGAUUUCCAUUGUCGAAUUUUAAAAAUUACACCAAUAUUCUUUCGAAUGAAUCAUCAAAUAAUAACAAUAAUAAACAUACAGAUAAUACGAACCAAUCUCAAAUGCAUCGUAAUAAAUGGAAUUUAAAGGAUGUUAAUAACCAUAUUAAUAUAUGGUUAUUAACUGUUUUAGGUUGUACUAGCCUUGUUUUAUUUAUCUUCCUCACAUUCCUAGCAUAUAAAUAUCACUAUACUAAAUAUGCAAAUACUCGCUUUUUACAUCCAAGAGAAACUACACUUGACAGACAAUAUUUUUCACAUAAAUCUGUAGAUAAUAAUCCUAACCCAACUGAUUGUUUAUUAAAAUUAAAUGACAUUCAUUUUAAUAUAGUCCCCAAUUAUUUAGAAGUGUAUACAGAUCAAUCUGUUUCAACUUCAAAUAAUACCCUUAAAUUAUUAGACAGUUCAAGAUAUCCAUCUGUAUCCAAUGUUAAACCAACUUCUUUAAUUUUUGUUAAUGAAUCCAUUAAACUUCCAAUGAAUUCAUUGAUAACUGAAAAUGAAUGUAUAAUACAUAACAAUCCUAUAUCACAUGUAUGUCAUAUCAAUGUAAAUAAUGCUCCAAUAGAUGAUUCAGUAAAAUGUACAUUAUCUCCUAUUGAGGUUACUCUCAGUUAAACACUAGAUCUAACUUAUGAUUAUAAAAUUAAUUCAUUUUUAAACAUACCUAGUGCAUUUUAUCAAUGGUGAAUGAAGCAUUCAAUAUAAUGAAAUACAUGAACUAUACUAGAAUCGUACCAAAACAUUCCCAUUUAUCUUCAGCUAUGUAUAUUAAUCAUUCAAUCUUUACACAUGAGAACAAGUGAUAUUAUAUUGUGAUUGUUAUUAUUAUUUCAUGAUCAAAUGUACGUUUCUACAGCAUUAACAAAAAAGAAAUAAUUAAUUGCUCUGCAUUCAGUCGUAGAUACAUGCAUAGUAGAUAGACUUAAUCUAAUCAAAUACGUAUAUUUACCAAUUCAGUAGUAUAAUAUGAUAUAUGAUAUCAUCACGUGAAUAAAAUAGGCUAAUAAUUUGAUAUGAAUGAUAAAAUGUAAACGUAGAAAAAUUACAAAUUACAUUUUAUUACAUAAUCAAAGUAGAAUUGAGAUUUUGAACUUUCUUCAAAUACGUUUAAUGUUCUUUCAAGAUGAACUGAAGAAGAUUUUAUAUUUCUUUUUAAUGAUCUAGUUCAAAGGAUUAUGAAUCCAACAGAUAAUUGAUUAAGCUUUUACUAAAGGAUGAUAUCAUUAUUCAUUUUCAAAGUCUUAUGUCAUAGUACUGUUGCAGAUUUUCUCUUUGUAUAGAGUAUUCUGUAAUAGUUCUUACAUGGCAUUCAUUUGUUUCAUUAGUCCAUACUGUAUAAACACAAUCAUUUAUAAUUGAGAUUACUUCUUCGAUAAUAAGAUUCUAUGUCCUGUUUAUAUUUAUUAAUUAGUUUUAUAGAUAAACUUGUUAUGAAGCUAUGGCUUCACCUCUGAUCUCUUUUAUGGCUGAUUGUUUCAUGGUCAAUCUGGAGUAUACGACACUUCAAUCAAUCAUUAAGAGCGUGAGUGCAUACAAAAAAUGAGUAGAUAAUACGUUUAUUAUCUGGGUCGAAAAUAUCUACUCCCCUAUCACUUUGGAUAAAUUCAACAAUUAUCAUCGUACAAUUCAGUAUGAAUUACAAAUAUAGGUGAACUCGAAGUUUCACUUCCUUGAUGCUCUAUUAAAAUAGUUAGAUGAUUCACUCUGAAGAUUCAUAAACAGAAAAUUAACAUGAAAUAAUCAAUACAUGAAUUUACAAAGCAGGUCUCGACUUAUCAGAGAAAGGAAUCUAAUACACUUUUUAUCUUGGACAGUUAGAUAAACAAUGUACUAUCUCAGAUCAGAUAAACAUUGAUAAAAAAUGAUGAUUCAUUUAGGUUCAUUUAAACUAACUUGAAAACAAAGACAAAAUGUGAAAGAACAUUUCUGGUUCAAAUGAAAACUCUCUUUGAUGGCGAUACUACUAUUGUAGAAAUUCUGACACAGCGAGUAACAUAAUCUCUGAGGAAAAUAUUUUAUACUGGUAAAUUUUUUAUCAACUUCUUCAUUCGAUCUAUCAUUCAUGGAUGUGUAUGGAUGUACUUUCAGUUUGGGCCAGAUCAAUAUGCAUUUAUAUGUUAGCUUACUCUUGUGAAGGAUAUUAUAUUGACCACACAAAGCGAAUACUAUCUAAACACAUCUUGGAACGUUACCCAUAGUGAAAUUUAAAAGGAGAAUGCAUAACAAUCAACAGCUAAAAACAGGAACAUUGCAUUAUUUCUGACCAUGUUAUCCUACCAGAAUCUUUCUUCAAAAUAAUCUGUACACUAAAACAAUUUGUCUCAAAGCCAACACGAUCAAUAUAUUGUUUACUGAAGAAUUUUAAACAUUUUAGCAGUUUAAGCCUCAACUUUGUGUGCAGUUUCAUAUCCAUUUCCUUAACACCCCCUACAUUCUGUUUUAUAUCGUUUACAUUUCAAUGGGUAAUUAUCACCCGCUUAUAACAUAAUUAUCACGCAACUGUUAUCAACAAUUGUCUCCCUUAUUUCUAACCAGUAAAUUAUUUUCAUAUUCCUAUUUUUCAUUAAUUUCUAGAUCAUUACGCAACUGUCUUUUGGUACUUGAAAUCUCAGAACGCUUUAAGAUGUAAUAUUUUUCUAAAAUUCCAUAGAACUACAUAUAUUCUUUAAAUCAUUAUAAAGAUGACUGUAUGACUUCAGAAAAUGAUAUUGUGGAAAUGAGGAAACUUUUUUGC